GUCGACAAACAAAAUCCAAAAAAAAAAAAAAAAAAGAAAAAAAAGAAAGAGCGUCUCCAAACACAGCACAGUGCUGUACACACUUAUUUUCCUCUCCGCUUCCAACGUCGCCUCAUGCUUUUCCACAUUUAUCCCCCGUUGCCCUCCUCUGUUUCCUCUCUGCCUCUCUCGUAAUUUUACUCGAUUUCGGUUUCAAUAUCUCAAACCUCAUAUCAAGUCGCUGUUGUUCUCUCAUCUCCGGCGACACUAUCCGUCCGGCUAAGGUUUUUACUGCUUUUGCUCUUCGUCCUCUUACCUCUCGCUUAUUUGUCCUAGUUUGGGUUUAUCGAGUAUUGAAUUACUUGUUCAAAUUUUCCAAUCAGGGUUCAGUAUCAGAUUUCGUCUUCAGAUUUUUGAAAUUAGGGUUUUUAUUUAUACUUUAGUUCCUACUUUUUCUUGCUGCUUCGGCGUUAGGGUUUCAAUCUCGAUUCGAGUGUUUAAUACUGCCUUCAGAUUUGAAAUUAGGAUUUUGAGUAUUUGUGAGUGAUGCCGCGAAGUUCACGCCAUAAAUCGAGCAAACAUAUUUCGAGAGAUGCAAGGGAUUACUCAGAUUCUGAGAAGGACUCAAGCUCCAAGGACCGAAAGAGCAAAGAGGAGAGUGCUGUGAGGCAUUCUAAAGAGUCUGGUUCUGGUGAAAAGCGAAAGCUCGAGUCUAAAGACAAUAAAGACUCGUUUGGCUCUGGAAAUGGGGAGUACUUAGAGGAAUAUUCGUCAUCAAAACGGGUUAAGGAGAGACUUGAGGACAGCGUGAAUGAUAGGUGGAAUGGCGGGGAUGAUGAUAGAGGGGAGGGGACAAAGAAGUUGAAGGAGAAGCCGGGUGAAUCCAGGAGUAAGAGAAGAGAUGAGAGUGCUGGAGCGUAUGGUGAGAUUGAGGAGGUGGUGAAAAAGAGCAGUGGAAAGAGUGAUGGAAAGCAUAGGGAAUCAAGUAGUCGAAAGGAGGGAAGAGAAGGUGGAACUGAGAGGGAGAGAGACAGAGAGAGGGAAAGGGAAAAGGAGAGGGAGAGGAAGAGUAAGGAGGGGAAGAGUGACAAAUUGGUUGAUGUUGAAGAUCUGCGUUCAGUGAAGCAAGUAUCUGAAAAAACCGAGUUGAAUGCACAUGAUCUGCUGCAAAAUUCUGAAAUGGACAGCCUGCCCGAUCUACGGAUAAGGAGAAAACGAGAUGGUUUUAGUGACGGGGAUAAGCAUCAGGAUGAUAUUGGAGACACCAAAGACAGACGAUUGUCCUCAAGGGAGGAUGUUGCCAAGGAUGGAAGGCCAAAGGAUGAGAAGCAUAAGGAUGAGAGAUAUAGAGACAAGUACUGUGAAGAUUUGGACAGGGAAAUCAGGCAUCGAGAUGACAAGCAAAGAGAUGAGCGUGCUGCAAAAGAUCGCAUGAACAGCAGGUCUGAUGAUAAGAACUUGAAGGAUGAUAAAGAUACCAUAGAUUUUAAACGAAAAAAAUAUAAACUUCAAGAUGGUGAUCGUGACCAUGAGCGAGAGCAUGAUCGUGAUUAUGAUCAUGAUAUUGAUGUUGAAAGUAAUCAUCAUGAUCGGGAUAGAGAUAGAGAUCGGGACCGUGAUAGAGAUCAAGACCGGGAGCGUGACCGGGAUUGGGAUCGGGAUCAUGAUCGUGAUUGGGAUCGGGAUAGAGACCGGGAACGUGAUCGAGAGCGUGGCCGUGACCGUGACAGAAAUCUGGACUAUGAUGAUCGAAUUGCAGCAAGAUACAAAGAGAGCAGGAGAAGGAAGAUAUCUCCUGAUGAUCAUGAGGAUUAUAGUGAUACUAAAUCUAGGGGUGUCAAAACCCUUUGUGUUGACAUGGAAAAGAAAUCAUCAAGCAACAGUAGAGUUGAGUCUGAUGCUGACAGGGGAAGGUCUCAAUCACUUCAAGGUCACCCAGACAACAAUACCAGCAGCAAUAGGAGGAGGGUUUCCCCCAACACCAGUUCUCAUGGGGUUGUAGAUGAUUACAGGCAAAUUAAACAGGAAGAACUAAAGCACAGGGAUGGCUUGAUAGAACAAAGGUCUAAAUCAAUUUCUUCUAGAGAGGUUAUUAAUUUGGCAGGAGCAUCAGAUAGAGCUUCCAAGUACAGAUCUGCCGAGAAGUCUACUAAAAUAGAUGAUGGCCAUAUUGGGGAGCUGUCUUUAGAAAGAUCUUCUAGUUCUAAAGCUUCCCCUAUGGGCAUGAUGGAUAGAUCUCCUUCAUCAAUGAGUCUGGAGCGCAGAUACAUGAAUAGGUCUGGUGUUAGACGGAGUCUUGACAUAGAAGAAUCAGGGAAGAGGAGCAGUGGUUCCAUGGGUGCAAGAGAUUUGCCUUAUGCUGAUGAGAGGUCUAGCCGUGAUAUACUUUUGGAGAAGUCUCUAGCUGAUGAGUUAACUUCAGUCGAUUCAUCCUUUUACGGUAGAAAUAGCCAAAGUAACUCUGCUUUGGUUCCUCCACCAUCUGCUUUCAGGGGUGGAGUUGGCAGCCCUUCCUUUUUGAGUUCCCUGGAAGAAGAUAGUAGAACUAACAGUGGUGCCCGCUACAAGAGGAGUGCUGAUCCCAAUAAGGGAAGAGGGCAAGGAAAUCCUUGGAGAGGUACUCCGAACUGGUCUUCGCCUAUGCCAAAUGGCUAUAUUCCUUUCCAACAUGGGCCGCCUCAUGGAGGUUUUCAAGCCAUGAUGCCACAGUUUCCAUCCCCCCCUCUAUUUGGAGUCAGACCCUCAAUGGAAAUCAACCACUCUGGGAUUCCUUAUCAUAUUCCUGAUGCUGACAGGUUUUCCAAUCAUCUCCGCCCUCUUGGAUGGCAGAAUAUGAUGGAUGGGUCAGGGCCUUCUCACUUUCACGGAUGGGAUAGAAAUAAUGGUGUAUUUAGGGAUGAAUCACACAUAUAUGGGGGAACAGAAUGGGACAAGAACAGGCAUCCAAUGAAUGGUCGAGGGUGGGAAAAUAGUGCUGACAUUUGGAAGGGACAAAAUGGUGAUGUAAAUAUGGAUUUGCCCUCAACAUCUUUGAAAGAGCAUUAUCCACUGCAGGCCCCUGUGGAGGAUGUUCCAGCUGGCCAGGAAGGUCAAAGGUCACAAAAUGAAGGUGAUUAUCAUGGGGUUCUGGCAAAGAUUGUUGAAACAAAGACAGCUGUUUCUCCUUCAGCCAAAGGAUCUUCUAAACCUUCACCUAAAAUUACCCAUGAGAAGAAACCUGAUCAUCCUAAAUUACCAAGUGAUGAUAAUGGUUCUCAUGUUUACCGUGCUUAUCUUUCCAAGCUGGACAUUUCAACUGAACUUACUGAUCCAGAGUUGCAUAAUCAGUUUAUGAGCUUGUUUAAUAUAGAACAGAGUGCUACUGCUGAUGAAGACGCUGCGAUGCUUGUAAAUUUGAAGGAUGGUGCAAGAGCAGUACCAAAAAGUUCUUAUACCUUGUUGAGCUCCUCACAUUUUCCCUCUGCAAGUGAUGCUGUUUUUCUGAAAGCAAUGGACAUUUAUAAGAGGCAAAAAGUAGGUUUGAGCUUGUCAAUGGCUAAUGGUGGAACAAUAGAUGCCAUUCCGACCUCCAAAAUGGGGGAGCUCGCACCUUCAAAUGAUGUGGACAUAGCAGAAGAGCCAGUUUUAGAUCAUAUUGCAGAAAUGUCUGACGUGCAGAUGUUGAAUUUAGACGGGGAGCAAGUUGAAGUUCAUGCUUCAGUUGCUAAUGAGGAAGAGAAUUCAGAAGUGGCUGGCAGUGCGGAGGUGGAUGUUAUGGCUCAUUCCCCUAACCUGAAGUUGGAAUCGGUCAGUCAAGCUCUUAGUAAUGAUAUCCCAGAAAAGCAGCCCAUGAUUAUUUUCAGUGAUGGUAAGGUAGAUGGGAUGUCGGGACUGGUGAAUGCAGAAGAUAAGCAAGGAGAUAUUGUGUCGGCUCCUGAUGAUGUGCCUAAUGCUGACCUAGUUCUAGCUACUACUGAUGGGCAAAACAAGGACGAGAAUGGCGAGAUCGAAGGUAGUGAUACUUUUAAUUGUGGUGAAGGGGGACAGGGUGUUAGAGAUGGAAUAUGUGGUCGUGUAUUAUAUUCGGAUGGUUCUCCCAAGGCAUAUGGGGCUUUGAUGCCUGGGUCAAAUGAGUCGGAGUCGGUAAUUUUAAGUCGGAUACAUCAUUCUCCUGAAAGUACACAUCCCAUGGCUUCCCCUUCUUCAUCAGUCCAAGCUUUGGGAGGCUCUGGGUCUGAGCUUUUAACUUUUGAGGACAUGGAGUCUCAUAACGUUGAUGUCAAUAAGCAGGUGACGAAGUUUGAAUGUUUGUUGAUAGUUGGAGCAGUUGCUACUGUCAAGUGGGAGGAACAAAAGAGAAACAAAGCUGUGGAGAUGGAUAAGCUACCUAGGCUUUUAAGGGGAAAGCCUUUGAAAAAGCAAGCAGUUUUUCUUGUUGGAGAAAAGGGGUUCAGCAACAAAGCCAGAGAGUUCAAGGGAGAAAAAUUACUGGAUGUUGCAAGCAAGAAGAAGGAUCUUCAUCAAUGGCGGUUCAACAUUGAGACUGAGCAAGAACUGAAUCAAAAGAAGAAUGAGGCAAGAAAAGCUACUGCACCAAAGAGAAGAAACAAAGAUGAGAACUGCAAUGCGUUACUUGAGAAUCAAGAAAGGAGAAAAAGGCACAGAAAGACAAGCUCAAAAAGCGAGAAUGGAGAUUUGAAGAGUUCAACGUCAUUGCCACAACCAAGCCUACCUCAAAAAUUCAAGAAACUGAUCCUCGAGAUGAAGGGUACUGAAGCAAAGUUGGUGAUCCAGAAGGCAAUAACAAACACGGACACGCAAGACAAUCAGGGGCGUUUAUCAAUGCCGAAGAAGCAAGUGUUAUGUGAAUUCUUGAAUGAAGAUGAGAAGGAAAAGCUAGAGAAAGAUAAACACUUGCAAGUGAAGAUCAUUGAUCCUAAUCUUGAAGUUAGUGACAUGAAUUUCAGGCAAUGGAAGCUGAGCAAACCCAAUGGGAGUCCUUCUUUAACCUAUGUGUUUCGCACUCACUGGAAUGAGUUUAAGAAGAAGAAUGGGUUAAAAGAAGAUGAUAUAAUUCAAGUAUGGUGUUUUAGAGUUGUUGGGAAGAUUUUGUUCGCUUUGGUGAAGGUUGAAGAAGGAUGUGAAAAUGGACAAUGAUCUGAAGAUGUGACU